UAUAGGCAUUUCAUUGUUUCAGGCUACAAUGUGAAAGCAUUCACAUUCAAGGUUUUUUUUGUACAUAACUGAUGAUUUAAAAAUUAGUAAUACUCAUAACUUCACAAAGGGUCUAAGGAAAUAUAUAAAACAAACAAAAACAUUCAUACAUUUGUGAUACAAAUUAUUCAUAUCCUGUCUGACCACAUUAGCAUAAGGUGUUUGUAUGACUAAGCUAAUAUAAGCUAAGACGCAUUUCCCCACAUUUUAAAGAAUAUAAAAGUAAUAAAUGAAAUGCCAAACAUGAUAGAAUAGCAUAAGCUUUUUAUGAUUUACAUGAAAAGUUCUUUUAAACUGUUACACAGCUUUACCACAGGAAAGUGUAAAACCGUCCCAGAGAGCCCCCACCUGUGCACGUGGGUGUUUAUUAUGUAUAUCCUGUUGCAGAGAUGGGGGUCUGCACACCUCUGCACAUCACUGUGGUUUCCAUUCAGAGUUCAAAUGAAAAACACACAAAUAUUAAAGAAAAAACACUGCACUAGAACUAUAACUUUUCUCUUGUGUGGGAGGGCACAUGGAAGAAGUGCAUCAUUGUUUAUCAGCAAUGCAUGGGCCUAUCUGUCCUUAUCUGGGAGGAUAGUGAAUUGUUUAAAUGGAAUCAAUACACUGUAGUCUGAUAAUCUUUUAGUCACCCAUGUUGGCAGUUGAAAAACAAGGUAAAGUGAACCCUGCAUGCUAGACAACAAUAAACGUCUGCAAGUGAAUUGUAAUUAUAGAUUAGCUUGAAAGUUCUUUCUUCACCUUGAAACAGAAGCAGACAGAACAAUCUCUACUUAAGGUCCACUUACUCACCUGUUCUGGAGCUUUCGAUAGCACGGUCUUCAUCAGCAGAUAAAACUUUUAGGACUUCUUGUUCAUGUUGGCCUAAAAUUUGAGCAUAACAGUUCAUUCUUGAUCUUGGAAACAAUAGAACAAGCUCCAAUUACUUGCUUGCGAUACAGUCAAAAGCUCCAGAACAAGAAAGUAAGUGGACCUUGAGUGGAGACUGUUUUGUCAAGUGCUGUUUCCAAGGUCAAGACUGAACUGUCAAGCUCAAUUUUUAAGCCAACAUGAACGAGUAGUCUUAAAAGUGCUCAAAGUAAAGGAUAGUUUGAACAUCUAUAAUUUCAUGACAAUUGAACAAACUUCUGCUGCUGAUGAAGACUAUCCGAUACAGUUGAAAGCUCAAGAACAAGCAAGUAACUGGACCUUGAAUGGAGAUUGUUUUGUCAACUGUGUUAUUCCACCAUACUACAAAACACAUGUAAAAAAAAAAAAAAAGUCCUGUUCUCCUUUAUUCUUAAAGGCACAAGAAGAACCACCAUAUAUCUAAAUCUUCAAUUCUUUGCAGAAGUUAAGAAAUAUCAUCUUUGUACCAUCAAAACAGUGUUAGUUUUUUUGUUUGUUUUUUUAACAGAGAAGUGACAUCUUCCAGACUCUAAGGAAGUGGUGUAACAAACGCCUGCAUGUGCUUCAUCUGUCUGCACUCAAAGGAGGCAACGUCGUCAUUUUAAUUUGUCUUUUGUCUGGAGACAUGUUAAAGAUAAUUUUAUCUGAGAUGCAUCACAGCUUAAAAGUGACAAAAUGGGGAUGGAUACAAUGGCCGUUUCUCUACUUUAUGGUCCCAGGUGCUUGCUCCCUGGUCACAGUCCACCAGCCUCCUGUGCUUACCACUGCUCUGGGUCAUGAUGUUGUUAUGCCAUGCACGAUUUUCCACAACGAGACAAUGUUGACCCCACCGGUUCUGUAUUGGAUGUACUUAACACAGAACACUGCGAAUAGCAGACUGUGGAUCCCCUCUGAGAAAUAUGAGGGACGCGUAGACCUUCUGGACAAUAAUGCAAACUCUUUUAACAAGUCCAUACUCCUCAAGAAUGUCCAGUGGGCCGACAGCGGAAAGUACCUGUGCAGACUCUCCAUCAUCACAGAGAAUGACCGUUUCAGGAGGAAAGGAAAUGAAACUCUCCUGAUGGUUUAUGACACCAUGAUCUUUAACCUCACCAGUCACAAUGACUCUCUGCUUUGGUGUCAAGUAAACGUGACCCUGGAUCCUGGAUUUGUUUUGUCCAUUUUUCAUGAUGGAUGCAAACUCCAAACUGUUGACUCUGCUCCAGGAGAUGCUGUCACAGCUCUGCCAUAUGUCACACUCUCUGAGGCCGUUUCUCUGAGGAGUGGAGGGAAAUAUGAGUGUCAGCUGCACCUGGACAAAGAUCUAAUAACAAAAAGCAUCUUCCACUACCAUCCACCUGCAGCUGAAGAAGGUGAAGAGCCUGAAAACGUUUCAGUAACACUUUCAAUAACUGUCUCCGAGCAUGUGGUGGGGUUUCCAGAACCGUGGUUCCUGUAUGUGGGUCUCCUCCUGGUGCCCUUCACCAUCUUGAUGGGCCUCGUAACUGCCCUGCUGAUGUGCAGAAGCUGAGUUUGUCAACAUCUGGCUGGAACGGAGAGGCUUCAGCUUCAGUCAAUUCAAGUUAAAAGGGGAGCUCACUCUGAAUGAAAAUAUUAUUCAUGCAAAAAUUAGCAGACUACUGUCAAAUAUUUACAUGCUGCAUCUUAAUUCAGGCAUGAAUUACCCUUCAAAGUCUUAAUACAUCAUAAUGGUUCAACUAGGCUGUCACAUUUUAGAAAUGUGGCUUCUCUUUUUCUUUCCUUUCUCUUUGUCUCAGCCCCUGAACUGAAUUGGGAUGCAGCAAGUGAUGAAAUAUCAGUGUCAGAUACAUCAUGUUAUUUCUGACACUGAAACAUGGUAGCUAAACUUUUUGGCAAAAUGUGUUAAAGGCAUUAAAAUAACCCCAUGAAGGAUUUUAAAGUGGAGGGGGCCUGUAACUCAAACUGUAAAAUACUCUAUGUCUCUAUAAUAUACUGUAUAUGCAUUUAAGGAAGACAUAAUUGCAAAAAAUGUCUUAUUCCAAAUAUUUAGUGGGAUAAUCUAUAUCUAUUGUCUCCUAUGCCUAACCAAUUACAACUUCAAUUUAUAUUCUAAUACACAAUGUGAAUUGUAUUUAGCUGUGAAUAAUACUGAUUAGAAUGGUGACAGAAUAUCAAAGUGCUCAUAUAUGCAUAUCAAUAUGAAUAGACUACAUUUAUACUCUAAUUUAUUCAUUCUUACUGCUCUUUGGUUGAAUAUGUAUAGUCUUAUGUGUAAAUGUGUACUCUUUUCUACAGUUAUUGACAUCAGUUCCUUCACAACCCUUUCUGUUCCCCUGCAGUGAAAUAAAGUAUGUAUCACCUUUUAAUGGUUACUGAG